AUGCUUGGCGAGGAUUCUCUCACAUUAGUAAGGCUCUUACCCUCGUAUUUUAUUUACAUUUUCUAUUUUUAGCUCUUCAUCGCCAUGUUUUAUGGGAUCGGCGCGAUAUCACUGUUGGCAAGUGUGAAAUUUGUGGGUCAUCCGCAAGAUGGUGAGGAAUCCAUUGAUCAAGAGGAAGAGAAGGAGGAUCAUAUUCACAAUUACGUCCCCAGCAAGUUCCACAAACUGGAUUCCGUCGAGAGUUUGGAGGUGUUGAAGGAGAAGGAAGAGAAUAGUCGGAUUACUGUAAUGCCCCUGCGGUAAGUUGCUCAACACCUGCCUAGGGCUAAUUACUUCUCUGUAGAUUGAUAACAAGUGUUUAUUUUCAGUUUGCUCGAGGCUGAGAGUAAUUUGAGUCGUUCCCGAAUCUCCGGUUCAUCUGAUUCCUCGUCUUCCCUGAGCCCUCAAAUCCACUGUAAUUUCUCUCACAGUUCUGUAUAA